AUGAGAAAUUUUGACAAAACAGUAAAAAAAAUGUACUUUUCCAUUUUGUUUCUUGCAAAUAAUGACUGUGAAAAAUGUCAUCUUGCCUAUCCCAAGUUCAUGGCCGCCUCACAACCAUUCUUAAAUGAUCCUCAGAUUUUUUUUGGUCGUGUUAAAGACCCACUUCUUUUUCAAGCUAUGAAUGUUACAAAGUUCCCAACUUUGGUUUAUUAUGCUCCUGCAAGUGCAAAACCAGAAAUUUCUAAACAUGAUCUCACAGUUGAAGGAAUCAUCACGACCAUUGCCAAAGCUAUGAAAGGUGAUUUCUCUCGUGUGAAACGAGAAUAUGCAGUUGAACUAACCGAAGAUGUCUAUGAUGAAUUUGUUAAUCUUCCGGGUGUUUAUGGAUUGAUCAUGGUUUAUAAAAAUAAAGAUGCUAAAGAUCAUAUUGAAACAUUUGAAAAGAUUGCAGGAAGUUUUAAAAAUGAUUAUCUGAUCACCUUUGGAAAAGUGAAUGCAGAAGCAGAGAAAUCCUUAGCUUCAGAUUUUACAAUGUCUCAUUUCCCUGGACUUUAUUGGUAUCCGUUAGAAAAUAAGCAUUCUCGGAAAAGGUAUGGAGGAAUUCUUGAUGUCAUGGAAUUGGUAACUUUUAUUAACGACCAAACUAACCUGAUGCGACUUCCUGGAGGAGAAUUAGAAGAAUUUGUAAGUACAUAG